GGAAACGUGAUACUUGAGGGACCAAAGGCAGCAAGGCUUAGGGGAACGGGGAAGCGGGACCUGGGCUCGGGGUCGGGAGAGGUCUAACCUUUCGCCCCUGUGCGUGCCCCCACCGCGGGCUCUGGUUAGCUCUGCCCGGCGAUUCCCUGAGGAUGCUGUCCCGCCCACUAGUGUUCUUCUGCCCCACGAACUGUCCUGGACCCCCACAACCCCUCUUCCUGAGUCUCCCAGCUGCUGACCUCACUCUUCUCUGUCGCCAAGUCGCUGACAUGCAGCUGUUUGUCCGUGCCCGGGAGCUGCACACUCUUGAAGUGACCGGCCUGGAGACAGUUGCCCAGAUCAAGGCUCAUGUGGCCUUCCUGGAGGGCCUCACCACUGAAGACAAAGUCGUGCUUCUGGCAGGUUCUCCCCUGCAGGAUGAAGCCACCCUGGGUCAGUGUGGGGUAGAAGCCCUGGCAACCCUGGAAGUGGUUGGCCGAAUGCUAGGAGUGGGAAAACGAAAGAUGGAUCGAGAGCAUCGCAUGUUUCAAGAAAAGUGGGAACGAGCGUAUUUCUUUGUGGAAGUUAAGAAUAGCCCUGUGUGUUUAAUAUGUAACCAGACUUUGUCUGUGUCAAAAGAAUACAACUUAAGACGCCAUUACGAGACAAACCAUAGUAAGCACUUUGACCGGUAUACGGAAGAGAUGCGUGAUGAGAAACUUAAUGAACUAAAGAAAGGACUAAACUUUCUUCAGCAUCUGUCAUCAAAUACAAAUAAACUAAGUGAUGCUGCUGUGAAAUGCAGUUAUGUCAUAAGUGAGAAAAUUGCCCGGGCAUCAAAACCUUUUACAGAUGGUGAGUUUAUAAAAGACUGUCUCUUGAGUGCUGCGGAAAUCCUGUGUCCAGAGCAGAAACCAGCAUUUGCCAACAUAAGUCUAACUGGAAACACUGUUGCUCAGCGAGUAAAAGAUAUGGCUGAGAACCUACAGGACAAGUUGCGAGAAAAAGUGAAAUCAUUUGUGACAUUUUCUAUUGCAGUUGAUGAGAGCACAUACAUAAAUAAUACGAGCCAGUUGAUUAUAUUUAUCCGGGGUGUUGAUGAGAAUUUUGACAUCACUGAAGAACUUUUGGACAUGGUGCCCAUGACAGACCCAGCAUCUGAGGAUGACCUAUUUUUGUAUGUUGAGAAAAGUCUUGAAAAGUUCAAUGUUGACUGGUCAAAACUAGUAAGUGUAACCACAGAUGGUGCUCCUGCGAUGGUCUGUGAUCACACUGGACUUGUUGCAAAACUUAAGUCCAAGGUCAAAAUGUUUUUCAAGGAUGCAGAGCUUAAAUCUAUCCACUGCAUUAUUCACCAGGAAUUGUUUUGUACUAAAAAGUUAAAGCUAGAACAUGUCAUGGAUGUAGUGAUUAACACAGUAGACUGGAUACGCACCCGUGGCUCCAACCACAGGCAGUUCAGGGCUUUGCUUGAGGAACUGAAUGCCCAAUACGGGAAUCUCCUUUACUAUACAAAGGUAAGGUGGCUUAGUCGUGGCAUGGUGCUGAAGAGAUUUUUUGAAUUGAUAAAAGAGAUAGAUUUGUUCAUGUCUUCCAAGGGCAAACCCCUUCCCCAGCUCACCAGUGAAGACUGGAUCAGAGACCUGGCCUUUUUAGUUGACAUUACAAACCAUCUGAACACUUUGAAUAUCUCCCUUCAGAGACGUUCACAAGUAGUGACACAAAUGUAUGAUUCAGUUUGCUCUUUCCUCGCAAAAUUGAGUCUCUGGGAAGCUCAUUUGGCUGCAAAUAAUCUGGCUCACUUUCCUACACUGAAAUCAGUUUCCAGAAAUGAACGUGAUGGCUUAAUCUACAUCCCCAAAAUUGUGGAGUUAAAGAUGGAAUUCCAAAAAAGGUUCUUUGAUUUCAAACAUUAUGAAAAUGAACUCGUACUGUUUAGCUCACCUUUCUCAAUUAACAUCGAUCGCGUUAAUGAAGAUUUACAAAUGGAAGUUAUUGAACUGCAGUGUAAUACGGUAUUAAAAACUAAAUAUGAUGACAUUGGAAUACCAGAAUUCUACAAAUACCUCAGCAAGAGUUACCCCAAAUAUAGAAAACAUUGUGCAAAAAUUCUGUCCAUGUUCGGAAGCACCUACAUCUGUGAACAGCUGUUUUCUGUUAUGAAAUUGAGUAAAACUAAGUUUCGCUCCCAAUUAAAGGAUACAGGAUUACACUCAGUUCUCCACAUUGCGACUCGAAAUAUGAGACCAGACAUUGACAUCUUGGUGCAGAAAAAAAGGUGUCAGGUUUCUGGUUCCAAAUCAAAGGAAUAACAGAUUAUGAACAAAGAUUUUCAUAAUUAAAAGAUUUCUAUUUUUCAACACGUAUUUUUUAAUUUUGUCUUUGAAACACCCAGUAUUAUAAACUUUAUAUGUUACACACUUGCAGUGUGGUGCGAUUGCAAAAAAAAAAAAAAGUUUAGGUUGUUUGUUUUUCCCUUGGCAUUUGAUUUUUCAUAUACUUGGGCCUGUUACGCUUGUCUAACUUACUUGGCUACCCAACUUUAGUUUGAGACUUCGGCCUGAUGGAGCUGGUUGCCAUACUUCGUGUUUGUUUUCCUACUUGUCUCAAGCCAGGGAAACACCGUCACUUGCUGCCUCGAGCAAAAUGCCUGAGCUGUAGACUUCUUACACAUCUUUGAGCCAGGUUGUGCUACUUAUCAAUUACUUGCUUCUCCACUCCAAAUUCAUUCUUUGUUGUCUGCUCUCUAAAAAUGGAUCUGGGCCCUUUAAAUAUCUUUCCUCUGGCAGCAGGCCUGAUGUUAAGCUUUGUCAGUGGAGGGCACUGGAGACACGUUUCAAAAGGAAGGAGUUUUCCUUCCUGGUUUGCUCACUUGGCGGACUCCUGCAGUGCAGCUGGUGUCUCCAGCACCAGUGUCCUGCAGGGCCCGCAGUCAGCAGCAUCCCCUGGCUUAUCCCUACAGGCAGUUGUAUGAUGCAAUCUUUCUGCUGAGACACUUCACCAUGAACAGCCUUCCCCAGUACCCUAAAGGGGAGAUUUCCAGCAAAUUCUGCCAGUGUGGCACUGCAACAAUUUCUCUGUGUUUCUUCUGUAUCUAUUCUGUAUAUCUGGAUGUAUCCAACAUGGGCUGGAUUUCAGCCCUCCAGUUGGGAGCCUCUUCCCUGGGCCUCUACUCAGCCCCUGAGAUAGUUAGCAGCUGGCCCUUAUCCCUGGUAUUUCUUUAGAAUUCUUACAAGACAAUCCAUAACUUUUAUGUUAAAUCACGGUUUAAAUUAUUGUGUGGCUUCUUCCGAUUGGACCCUGACUGGCACAGGCCCUAUUUCUUAGCUCUCUUGGGAUUCCCCCAAAAUGAGCAUGUUUGGAUUCUGGCAACAAGGAAGACAAAUGUGCAUGUACUCAAGCCUUCGCCUUUCCCUGAGUCAGCAUGUCACUAGAUGGAGAGGAGAUGUCUCUAGGCCCCGUAGCAUUUAAUCAAUCAUGCAGACUGUUUUUAUGUUUAUAAUAAUUGGUUGUAACUCAUCACUGUUGUACUUCAACUAUAACCUAACUUGACAGCAGAAGAAAAUGAUUGGGCCAAUGCAACAAAUAUUCGUCAAGAACAUACCAUGUGCAAGAUCCUACUCUGGGUGCAAGCUGGUUCUGUCAUUCGUUCAUUCCAUGAUCUUGAGCUGGUCACCUUGUCCCCCGAGCUUUACCUUCUUCACCCAUAAAAUGAGGCUGUUGCCACACAUAUCAGUUAUCUGUUAACCACAUUCAAGUUACUUCAAAGUGUAGUGGCUUAAAACAAUAAAUAUUCAUUAUCUCA